AUGAUGUCUUCUAGUUUUAAUAAGAUUCAAGUUAAGAAUAAGUUGGUGGAAAUCGAUGGUGAUGAAAUGACAAGAAUCAUAUGGCAUAAGAUCAGAUCAGAUCUUAUCUUACCAUUUAUAGAUAUACCAAUUGAUUAUUAUGAUUUAUCAAUUCAAAACCGAGAUAGAACAGAUGAUCAAGUAACGAUCUUAGCAGCUCAAGCAAUCUUAAAACAUGGAGUUGGAAUUAAAUGUGCAACUAUCACACCAGAUGAAGCAAGAGUUAAAGAAUUUAAAUUAAAAAAAAUGUGGUUAUCACCUAAUGGAACGAUCCGAAAUAUCUUAAACGGAACAGUAUUCCGUGAACCGAUCUUAUGUCAACGAAUCCCCAAAGCUUUACCAGCUUGGACUUCUCCUAUCGUUGUAGGUAGACAUGCUCAUGCAGAUCAAUACAGAAGUCAAGGAUUAGUGAUCGAUCAACCUGGUCAACUUGAAUUGGUUUUCACACCUAACCAAAAUGAUCAAGAACCUAAACGAUUGUUAAUUAAUGAUUUCAAAUCGGCUGGGGUUGGACUUGGAAUGUUUAAUACUGAAAACUCUAUUGAUGAUUUCGCUCAUAGUUCAUUUAAAAUGGCAAUUGCUAAAAAAAUUCCAAUGUAUUUGUCAACUAAAAAUACCAUUUUGAAAGCUUAUGAUGGGAUGUGGAAAGAUCGAUUUCAAGCUAUUUAUGAUAGUGAAUAUAAACAAGAGUUUAAAAAACUUGGAAUUUGGUAUGAACAUAGGUUAAUAGAUGAUAUGGUAGCUCAGAUGAUCAAAUCAUCAGGUGGGUUCUUAAUGGCUCUCAAAAAUUACGAUGGUGAUGUUCAAUCAGAUAUUGUUGCACAAGGAUUCGGAUCAUUAGGUUUGAUGACUUCUGAGCUCGUUACACCGGAUGGUAAGAUUAUGGAAAGUGAAGCGGCUCAUGGAACAGUCACUCGACAUUACCGAGAAUAUCAAAAAGGAAACCCAACUUCGACUAAUUCGAUUGCUUCGAUUUAUGCAUGGACAAGAGGUUUAGCAUUCAGAGGGAAAUUAGAUUCCAAUGAAGCUUUGAUUAGCUUUGCUAAAACGUUGGAAGAAUGUUGUGUAGAAUCUGUUGAUCGUGAUGAGGUGAUGACGAAAGAUUUGGCGAUUGCUAUUUGGGGUAAAGAGAUUGAUUCAUCUAAAUAUGUAACUACGUAA